AUGUCUUAUAUCUACAGAACCGUGGGCGUGAGAUAUAAUUAUAAUGAAUUCAUCUUCCUAGGUUAAAAACUCAUAUACCUGCGUAACAUUUCUCUGUUCAGGAAACAACGAAAUAAAACUAGUUUCAUUAAUAAAAUCAUAGGAUUUUCGAGAUUGAAGGAGAGAGAUAAAGAGAUUGGAAAUGGAGGAGGGGUUGUUAUUGAAGAAGAAGGUAGGAAAAGAAAGAGAGAUAAAAGUAGGAUACAAAGAAAUAGCAGAAGAAAUUAAGAGGGUGAGUUGGGUUGCAGGUCCAAUGGUGGCGGUACUAAUGUCACAGUAUUUAUUACAAGUAGUGUCAUUGAUGAUGGUAGGUCAUCUUGGCGCACUCUAUCUUUCCAGUACAGCACUCGCUGUUUCUCUGGCUGCCGUCACCGGGUUUAGCCUCUUGCUAGGAAUGGCUGGUGCAUUGGAGACUAUAAGUGGCCAAGCUUAUGGAGCACAACAAUACCAAAAACUGGGAACUCAAACAUACACUGCCAUUUUCUCUCUUUCCUUAUUUAGCAUCCCACUCUGCAUCAUAUGGAUUUAUAUGGGGAACAUCCUCGUUUUCAUAGGCCAAGACCCUUCCAUUGCACAUGAAGCUGGUAGAUUCAUGACAUAUCUUACACCCACUCUCUUUGCUUAUGCCGUAUUUCAACCCUUGCUUCGAUACUUCCAAUCCCAAAGUUUGGUCGUGCCCAUGGUCGUAAGCUCCGUUGCUACUCUUUGCCUACACAUACCUCUCUGUUGGGCUUUGGUAUUCAAAUCUGGGCUAGGAAAUCUUGGAGGCGCGGUUGCAAUGAGUUUAUCAAAUUGGUUGAGUGCCAUUUUUCUGGUAUUAUAUAUGAAGUUAUCUCCCUCGUGUGCACCUACUCGUUCUCCACUCUCCAUGGAAAUCUUCCAUGGAAUUGGGGAGUUUCUUCAGUUUGCUAUUCCUUCAGCUUCGAUGAUUUGCUUAGAGUGGUGGUCCUUUGAGCUGCUGAUUUUACUAUCUGGAUUUCUAACAAAUCCAGAACUCGAGACUUCUGUUUUGUCUGUGUGCCUGACAACCAUUUCAACACUCUUCUCAAUACCUUAUGGAAUAUCAGCUGCUGCAAGCACACGAAUUGCCAAUGAACUUGGGGCUGGAAACCCACAGGCAGCUCGUAUAGCAGCCUGUGGAGUUUCGGUAUUAGGGGUCGCAAAUGGUUUAGUUGUUAGCUCAGUCCUCUUUGCCAGUCGGAAAGUUUUUGGCUACUGUUUCAGUAGUGACAAGGAAGUUGUAGACUAUGUCACCACUAUGGCACCCCUUGUCUGUGUUAAUAUUCUAUUAGACAGCACACAAGCAGUUCUUUCAGGUGUUGCUAGAGGGUGCGGGUGGCAACAUAUAGGUUCGUUGGUGAAUCUGGCUGCGUUCUAUCUUGUAGGCAUUCCGGUCGCAGCUGUGUUAGGCUUCUGGAUGCAAAUGAGAGGAAGGGGCCUUUGGAUUGGAGUUAUGUGUGGUGCUUUGACGCAGUGUGCACUGCUGGCGCUUGUAACGGGUCGUACCAAUUGGAAAGAGGAGGCAAAGAAAGCAAGAAAAAGACUAGCGGAACAAACUUCUAGUGGAGUUUAUGUAGAUGAGCCAAGACCACUGAUAAACUAAGUUUUUCCAUCAUUAUAUACUAUGUAAUUUUUUGGGGUAAUUUUAAAUGAUAAUCCCAUGUUUUUGCUUCGAUAAUCAAGAAUAUAAAUUUAUUAUGAAAUGGCCAUGUAUUUUUGUUUAUUGUA